AAACAGAGCAGCAGCAUUUCUCUAGUCGAGGUGCAUGUCAGGACAUGUUGUCAUGCAUGGUGGAGAGGGCGUGGCGAAACAGGCAACCGCGGGAGUGAAAGCAAAGUGAUACCACUAUGAAACAGUCUCCCCUGUAAUCAACAUUUGGACCAUAGCUCCGUGAAAACGGGUUGGAUAAGCAUCGAUUUCCGUGGAAUAAAAGAAGACUAGACGGUUUGUAUGUGCUGACUGUUUUGACAAUCGUAGUGGGAAACGUGGAAUGUCACAAACUACAAGUGGACUUUCUUCAACAUCUAACGCAGGGACAAGUCGCGAGUCAAACAGCUUGUUGGACACAUAUUCUGAUGUCAACAAGCAAUCGACAGUGCCUCAACUACAGACAGAUUUACAGUAAUCACGAAUCAUCAGAUACAUCAAACUGCACCUGGUAUGGCCCGCCCCCAGACGGAGAGUGGAGUGGACCACCAUGGCCGGGGCAGACAACAGAGCUGCCGUAUGGAGGUCCAGCGGCCAGACACCUGGCCUGGUGGCAGCAACAACCCUCUCCAGGCUGCAUACCACCAGUCCUGCCAACUGCUCCCCAACAUGGACACCCAGCCCAGGCAGGGCUCUCUGCCCCCCCAGCCACAGAGAGAAGCCUCCCCACCCCCCAGUAUCCAUCCACUGGACACCCCCACAAGAGCAAGCACAGACCCAGACAGAGAGCUCCAGGACACCACAGCCAGGGAUCCCCUGCCUGACCUGCUGCCCCAGAGAGAGCGCUCUCCCCAGGCUUCUCCCCAGCACAGAGCCCCUGGAGUAGCGGACCCGCGGUUGGACAACGAGGUGGUGGAAAGAGUGGCCAACCAGCUCAAGAGAAUCGGCGACGACUUGAACGCUACGAUCCUCCAGAGAAUGGGUGGCAUCCCCCAACGGCAGGACUGGAGAGGCCUAUGUCUAGGAGUCCUCAACUUCCUCUCGGAUACCCUCAGCAUUCUGUACCGACUGAGAUAGACUGACCCUAGGGAUUGGACAUGCCGGAGCUCCCUACUGGACCAAUCACAGACUGCUUCAGAAUGGACUCAGUCCGCUGGAUCGGACGAACCCCUUUUGUUUAGUCUCUUUUGUACAUCUUGUGUAUAUAUAUAUAUAUGUAUAUAUAUAUAUUUUUUUUUUCAAUCUCUCUUUGGGACAGCUCCUGAUGAAGCAUUCUGACCCAGGUUGGUCUCACAGACCGUGUGGGCUUGUGUGUGUUCCUGUCCUUUCUUGUAAACUGUGAAGCACACUGAUGUGUGGUGUGGUGGCGACGUGAGGGCUUUACCUGACAGAGAGCCUAUGGCUCCUGUAUGUGUGUGUACAACUUCUUCCAAUUAAGGUCAUGGUACAGUAGAAUGAGCAAUUCAACUGCUCGACAGCAUGGCUUGAUGCGGGUACUGAGGGGCCUGUGUAGAAUCCCCUGUAAGUCACACUAUGGUUAAUACGAAUCAGUUUAUAUCGCUGGAUGAGCCAAGCUUACUGCUGGGAUAAGUUAUAGCGAUAUACUAUAUGGGAUCUGCUGUAGAGGUUGGCCUAUAGUUUCAGACAGGACCAACUUGACUUGGUAAACAGAGCCAGUACACUUAGUAAAAACGGUUCCAAAAGGGUUAUCCGGCUGUCCACAUAGGAGAACCCUUUUUGGUUCCAGGUAGAAACCUUUUGGGUUCUACCUGGAACCAAAAAGGGUUCUUCGAAAGGGUUCUCCUAUGGGCACAGCCGAAGAACCCUUUUAGGUUCUAGAUAGCACCUUUUUUCCUAAGAGUGUAGUGGUGUAUAUAAAUUUAUAUGUAUGCUACUCUUCCCUUCAAAUCUGAAUACAUUUCAUUGACCUCUGUGCCUUUCUAUCGCUCCCAUCACCUGGACAAUCAGUGGUUGGUGUGUGGGACCCUGGAUGGAGCAGUGGUUGACACACACACACACACACACACACACACACACACACACACACACACACACACACACACACACACACACACACACACACACACACACACACACACACUGAACACUAUAUGAGCCAAUUACCAGACCAUCACUUCUAUUGGAGGCUCUGAGUUGAGCUGUAGCACUGUCGGACAAUCCCACAAUUAUUACCAGUGUUAAAUUGUUUGUAUAUAUUUGUUUUGGGAGAUGGUGGUUUGGUUUGGAGGUGGAUAGGAGGAGCCAGUAACAAGCCAUCGUGAAGACCUGUUAUCAUUGGAUGAGAUUCAAUUAGCUUUAAACGUACUUAAAUUGUAAGUUCUCUGUUUGUGUUUGAAAUCUGCCACGUGUGCAGUUGUUUUUGUCUUUGGAUCAACAGUUGGAAGCAGUUAGUGUAUUUAAAUCCAGUGGAUUUGAGAUGGUAUUUCUGGUUAAAACAUGACUUGGAUGUUUAUAUUUUCAUGAUUACUAAAGAUUACUAAAUGAUAAUCAAAUUGCCCCUCAAUUGUAUAAUACAUGUAUUGUAGUUUGGGAGAAGAAACUGAAGACCUUUGUUUAUUUUGACGUUAAACACGUUUUGUAGCAUUUUGUUUCGUUUUCAAAAAUACAAUUUGUACUUACUUUUUCUGUGUGAAAUAAGUAUUUGUUUUUUUCAUUUCUAAUAAAAAAUGAAUUGUAAAUCUAUCUCAAAGCCAAGAACCCAUAAAAUGAGGAUGGAAUAAGCUUAAAGAUAAAUAUCUGACAAUAGACUGGAAUAACUUGACCAGUUAGUUCAUCCCCAGUUACACAAAGGGUGAACCAUCAACUGUGUUAGCGCAUUAAUAUCUGUCUUUGCCAAGGCAUUCCAUUGAAAAGUUUCCAUAGUCAGUUUGUACACAAUGUUUUAUCUCAAAGCGUCCAGGAAAUCAGGGCUUUUAAGAAACACCAACCAUUUUUUUGUGAACCAACAGCUGUCCCUAUCAAUUCAAAGCAUUACAAAGAGGAACAACAUGUGUCCAAAUGUCUAGAAAGAGGUCACAACAACAAGCAAUGUAGUGGUUGAAAUCAGUUGAGAACGUUUGCAUGUCAAGUGGGAGAAACUGAGCCUUCACUGAAGCCUACAGUUUUAACCUUGAACCCAAGAGGUUAACACAGUCCCAACUUGCCAUGUAAACCUGAAAUAGACCUUCUGAUGGAUACAACUGUGAUCAUCCUAUUUUCUGUGUUGCCAUACUGUAUCACUUAUAAGGCCUUAACAUUACUGCAGUCUAUGCUUUGUUUUCAGUUCAGGUUAUUUAUUUUUUUGAGACCCUUUUUGCAAUGUCAUUACACCUUUAAGCAAAGAACCUGUGAGAAUAACCAAGCACCUUUUUUUCUGUGGGAAACUGGGCGUCCCCUAUAGCGUUCGGAGCACGUGUUGUUCAUUUCCUGUGACAGCCUCAUGACAUCCUUUGGUGUGUGCCGUGGCGUGGUUCACUUCCUGUGGCGACUAUGUGACUUCUUGUGGUUCCAUUCUCCAAUGUACUUUCUCACAGAGGGACGGCACUGCUGUAAAGUAGCACCACAUUUUUUUGUGGGAAUCUCAUUCUCAGUUUCAUGCAGUGUAAAUUUGCUGUUUUUGACUUUUUUUUUUACUGAACUUUCUACAUGAAAUUUUUGUACAGAUUUGUUUCCUUAUUAACAAUAAAGAUAUGAAAUCUA